UCUACCCUGUCCUAUUUAAACAUUGGUUUGAAUUUUAUGUGUUUCACUGAUAAUUUGUUUUUGUUCACUAUUUGAUUAUUUUUAAAAUUGUGAUCAGUUACAAGGCUUGUAAUGAUAAUUCAAAUCAGUAAAAGAUGGAAUCAACAGAAUUUUUACGAAAGGAUCGUGCCCGGGGUCAAUAUUGUUGUUUGUACAUAUAUUUUGUAUUGGUUUAUUUGCUACUAUCAGGUAUUUUGUGCAACGUUUGUGCUUCUGAAGUGACAAAUACUCCUUCUUUAACCAACAAUAAAGAUGUGGUCAGUUGCUCGUCAAAGCCGUGCAAAAACGGGGGCUCGUGUGUGCAAUACACCAAUAAUGUCACGUGUAAUUGCAGAGAGGGGUUCACCGGGGAUAUGUGUGAAAUUGAUAUUGACGAGUGCCAAUCGAACCCGUGUCCUAAGAAAGCCCAAUGUGUGGAUGGCAGCAACUAUUACGCGUGCGUCUGUAAAAAAGGAUACAACGGUGAUCAUUGUGAAAACGAAAUCGACGAAUGUGCCUCAAAUCCGUGCGAGAAUAAGGGAAAAUGUGUAGACGGUAUCAACAUGUACUGGUGUGCAUGUAAAGAAGGAUUUACUGGAGAGAGAUGUGAAGAAAUCGACGAGUGUGCAUCAGAACCAUGUGAAAAUGGCGGCGUUUGUUUUGAUGGUAAAAAUAGGUAUAGAUGCGAGUGUCCAAAAGGUUUUACUGGAAAGCAAUGUGAAAAAGAAAUCGACGAAUGUGCCUCAAAUCCGUGUGAGAAUUAGGGAAAAUGUAUAGACGGUAUCAACACGUAUUGGUGUGCAUGUAAAGAAGGAUUUACUGGAGAGAGAUGUGAAGAAAUAGACGAGUGUGCAUCUGAACCAUGUGAAAAUGGCGGCAUUUGUUUUGGUGGUAAAAAUAGGUAUAGAUGCAAGUGUCGAAGAGGUUUUACUGGAAAGCGAUGUGAAGAGCUACGUACAUUUUCUGAACCUAAACACCCAGUUUAUUUUGUUGAUACAUCGCUAAUCGUCCUGUUGCCAGUAUUUUCACUUGUCAUCAUUACGUUGUUGCUAAUUGUUGCUAUAAACCUGUUUUCUAGAAGUGAGGCGGAGGAGCGCCCUCGUGAGCGUGUGUUUCGUGGGAGGUUUAGAGCCAAUUUACAUUUCGAUGAA